GCCGCCACCGGCGGCCCCGGGGGCGGCAAGAACCCGAACCAGAACCAGGCAUGCGCCGCGUGCAAGUACCAGCGGCGCAAGUGCAACCCGGACUGCCCGCUCGCCCCCUACUUCCCCGCCGACCAGCAGCGCCGCUUCCUCAACGCGCACCGCCUCUUCGGCGUCAAGAACAUCCAGAAGACGCUGCGCUGGAUCGACCCGGAGCGCGGCCCCGACGCCAUGCGCGCCCUCAUCUACCAGUCCGAGGCCCGCGCCGCGGACCCCGUCGGCGGCUGCGUCACCAUCAUCGAGCAGCUCCAGAGGCAGAUCGAGCGCACCGAGUUGGAGCUCGCCUACGUCAAGCAGCAGAUCGCCUUCUACCGACAGGCGGCCGCCGUCGACCCGCUCGUGGACCCGGCGGCGAUGAUCCUACCUCCAGCCGCCACCGCCACCGUGGCCGGCCAGGAUCACCACGCCGGUCAAGAUUCCGUUCCGCCAGGCGCCGGCCUAGUCUUCCAUGACCAGCAGCAAGGUUACCACCAUGGCCUCCUCAAGGUCGACGACCAACAGAAUCAUCCACCGCCACAGCAGCUUUACAAUUACUUCUGCUACGACGGGACGCCGGCUGCCGGCGAGGCGAGUACCCAAGAUGGGAGCGUGCAGCACUACGGCGGGUUUGCCGACACCGGUGGUGGUCUCAAGAUUGGGUCGCCGGUGGCCCUCGACGAGCAGCUGGAGCAGCAGUGCCGGCUACACGCGUUCGACGUCAAGCCACAGGGCCUGCGGGCGACAACGGAACGCCGCCAUGGCGGCCCUGCCGACGACCUCAUGCGUCCACAAGAUCAUCACGACGUCGAUCAGCACAUGGAGGACGAGCCGGCAACUGCGGUGGCGGCGCCGUGCCACUUGGAGUUAGGCUUCUCCUCCUUCUGA